AAGCUGUUGUCGUUAUCUCGUAAGCCGAGCUUCGCUCACCGAGAAGCGAACGUUGGCGACGAGCUUUCAGUGGAGACAUGCGGGCUGCCAUUCCUUCCCUCUUGGUCGUCGGCGUCGUACUGUGGCUAGACGCUCCCCUCGCACAGGGUGAAGCCAAGCAUCGUCUACAGCACAACGUCACAGAUGCCUUCAAGAUGUUCAGGAAUUUCCCUGUUGCUGUGGCCAUGUUCGACACGGACAAUGACGGAGACCUCGACUGCCUAACGACGGUGAGGUCAAACUUUGACGAAGAAGGCCAUAAGGCCACUUACACGUGGCUUCUGCCAGGGGUCAACGGUCAUGAAAGGCGAAACGUCACCUUCGAUCUGAGAGAAGGACCUAGCCCGGACAAGACCGUCUUCACGCCAGAAGACGGUGACGGAAGUGAGCAAAUUGCCAAUUUCAUCUACUCUGACAACGAACAUUGCACUGUCUUGGAAAUCCCAUACAAAAAUGUUCAAGAGUGCAUCCUGUGGAUGAACCCGAAAGACUUGAAGGCCGUACCUCAACAUUGCCUCGACUAUUAUGAGGACAACUGUGACAUGCAGAAUCCGGCAUACGAUGAGGAAUCCUGCGGUCCUCUGAUCUCCAAUCUUUAGUAUCGCCUCUGCACUUUAUUAGUGGCUUGCGUGGUACACGCUGCUAAGCGUGCUAGCGUAUGAAUUUACCUUCAUUUUUUUCUCUAUUCUUUCCUUCUUCUUUACCCCUUCCCCAUGUAGAGUAGCGAAACAGAUUUAACCUGAUUAACCUCGAAGCCUUUCAUUUCUUUCUCUCUCUCGGUGUUUUUUGUCGUAAAGUCUUCAGUCAUUGGCUAGUUUUACGCUUACUGGUAGCUUCAGUGUGGUCUUGGAAAAAUAAAGAAAAUCAUUUUCUUCAACUC